AUGCCGUCGUGUUCUUUCAAAAACUGUAAAAAUACGUCGCGAAAUAAAUAAAAUGUAAGAUAUUUUUCAUUUCCAAAAAAUCAAGAAAUGAUUGCAAAAUGGAAAAUACUUUGCAAAGAAAACGUCAACCCAAACAACUCUCGGGUUUGUUCCCAACGUUUCCAUUCUUCACAAUACAAAAAUCGAUCGUGGCUACUUGGGCUACUACCUAACUAUAGCCCUGUGAAAUCUCGGAAAUUGAAACUUGAUGCAAUUCCAAUGGAAUUUGUAGAGGACAAUGCAACAACUGUGGUGGAGAAGGAUUUGAUAAAAGAAUGUACAUACGUUGCUACAGACUGUGUUGCAUCGAGCUCUGAGAGUUUUGUGAUAUCAACGCUUGCAAAUGAAGUCACAUUAAGCUUCACAAAUGAAGAAGCAUCAUGCUCUGUGACUCAAGUCGCAUCGAGCUCUGAAACUCCAGAUACACCAAGCUCUGCGAAUCCUGUUGCAUCAUGCUCUACAAGUACAAGCAGUAAUAACUUUAGUUCAAUACAAGUUUUUUUCAAUCAAGAUGAUAUACAAAAACUGAUACGGGAAAAUGCAGACUUGGUUCGAGAAAAUGAAAUUCUUCAAAAUAAAGUUCUUCAAUUGGAUCAAAUUAAUAAACUACAUGAGAAAGAGAUGAAGAAUAUUAAUAAAGGACACAAGCAAGAGAUGAAAAACAAAUUGCAAGAGAUGCUAAGUCCUUUUUUCACACCUGGACAAAUUAAACGCUUAAUGAAUCCCAUACAGAAGUUAACCCAUUGGUCUUCAAAGGAUAUUGCAGCUGCAAUAUCAUUGAGAAGCGUAAGCCCGAAAGCUUACAGAUAUUUGCGAAAAACAAAAAGAUUCCUCUUCCAGCACUAUCAACCCUCCGAAAAUGGGUAGCAUCAUUCAACCUUGCUGAUUAUGAAAU